AUGUCGACCCAAUCUCCUCAUCCUCCGACUCCCAAGGGUUCGCGCAACAACCGUCGCCCUCAGAAGAAGAAUAUGACCCCUCACGCCCCGAAACCGGCGCUCCUCUCUACUCCUCCAUCAUCCCCGCCGCAUAACAUGACCCCGGGACUCAUCCAGGUGGAUUCCUUAAACAACUUCAACUCUUCCAAGAAGAAGCCUCUGCGCUCAGGGAAGAAGCCGCGAGACAACAAAGCUUCACCUGCCCCGCACUCUGGAUAUCACAGUAACGGGUACAACAAUGGUCCCCGAUACACACCAACCCACCCCGCCGUCACCUCUCCUCAGACAAAGCCGAGCGCUGCCUAUGCCGGACCGACAUUCCACGCAUCGCCUGCGCCAUCAGCUCUACCCAUCCCUAGCUUUUUCUCCAAGUCAGCUCCUGAUGCCAAUCUGGUCCCGCCCAUCGAGACCGAUAGUGACGAUGCGGUGGACCCCGAACUAGAGGUGACUCCAUCCAAACCUCGCAACCGCAACAACCCACCCAAGGCUGAGGAGCACAAGCCUUCCCCUCUCGACUUCCUCUUCAAGGCUGCUGUGCAAGCCAGAGAUCAGAAGUCCACGAGCAGCCCUGAGGUGAACAAGGUCCUUCAGUCUCCCCAGACUGAACCCAGGACUUCGCGCCCCAAUCCUGAUGGCAUGUUUGCAUUUGAAAUGGGAAACUCCGACUACUCUCGCAACUCAAACAUUGGUCCUUCUUUCGCCCCUUCUUACCAGGAUCGUAUGAAUGCGCUGCGGCCCUCCAGUACCCCUCAGUCCUCUGACAUGACUGAAGAAGAGCGACGAAUUAAGACCGAGGAGUUGAAGCAGCUGUUGCUCAACCCACCCCCACAGAAGCCACCUUCCUCGGCUUAUGCCUCGCAUGAAUACGCUGGGUCCUUUGGGCCCCGUCCUUCCAAUGUGCCUCCCUACGCCACACCUAUGCGAACCUCGUCUGGUCCUCAGUUGACCAUGUCUCAUGGUUCAUUUUCUCCCCACCAGCUGCAACAGCAGCAGAUUCCUCAGAACACCGGACCGCCUCGCUAUCCAUACCCCGCCCACUCUCACUCGCCCCUGCGCCGUGAGGUUGAGAUGGUCCCGCCCCCUUCGAUGCCUCAGUAUCGUGGCCCCCCCUCAAAUGGCGCAUCGAACCGAGCUUCACCGGCGCCAUAUGGUAAUCCGUACAUAGCAACCCCCCAGUAUCAGCGGAAUGGCUAUGCUUCGCCCCAACCAAGCCAUGCGUCGGCUUCAUUCCAAAUGCCCGUGACCUCGCCAUCUCCUUCCCGGGUGGUGGACACCCGGCAAAUCGAGAAUGAUAUUCGUCGGGUUCUCAAGCUUGAUACCUCGGGCCCUCGGGUCACUCAGAGCUCCGCGUAG